AUCCCCGGUAGCCAAUCAGGGACAGGCUCAGGGGGGGCCGCUUUGAAGAAGUUUGGGGAAAAAAAGUUUGGAAAAGUUUCUAUAAUAACGAGGGGGCGUCCGGAGGGAGGCGGCAGCGACAGAGGAGGGGGCGUCUCGGAGCAAGGGAGGGAGGGAACCACCCGCGAGAAGAUACUGCGGCCUCCAGAACGUCCCCCUCCCGCCCAGGCCGGGACCUGGGGGCUCCAGCCGGAUCCAUGGGGGCUGCGAGCUGCGAGGAUGAGGAGCUGGAAUUUAAGCUGGUGUUCGGGGAGGAAAAGGAGGCCCCCCCGCUGGGCGCGGGGGGUUCUGGGGAAGAGCUGGACUCAGAGGAUGCCCCGCCAUGCUGCCGUUUGGCCCUGGGGGAACCCCCUCCCUAUGGUGCUGCCCCUAUUGGUAUUCCCCGACCACCACCCCCUCGGCCAGGCAUGCACUCACCACCGCCCCGCCCCGCCCCCUCACCUGGCACCUGGGAGAGCCAGCCGGCCCGGUCGGUGAGGCUGGGGGGCCCAGGAGGGGGUGCUGGGGGUACCGGGGGCGGUCGCGUUCUAGAGUGUCCCAGCAUCCGAAUCACCUCCAUCUCUCCCACGCCUGACCCGCCGGCCCCGUUAGACGACACUCCUGAUGCCUGGGGGGACGGCUCUCCUAGAGAUUACCCCCCACCAGAAGGCUUUGGGGGCUACCGAGAGGCAGGAGGUCAGGGUGGGGGCGCCUUCUUCAGCCCCAGCCCUGGCAGCAGCAGCCUGUCUUCAUGGAGUUUCUUCUCGGAUGCCUCUGACGAGGCAGCUCUAUACGCAGCCUGCGACGAGGUGGAGUCUGAGCUAAAUGAAGCUGCGUCCCGCUUUGGCUUGGGUUCUCCACUGCCGUCGCCCCGGGCUUCUCCUAGGCCUUGGACCCCGGAGGACCCCUGGAGCCUGUAUGGUCCAAGCCCUGGAGGCCGAGCGCCGGAGGAUAGCUGGCUACUCCUCAGCGCUCCUGGGCCGGCCCCAGCCUCGCCGCGGCCUGCCUCUCCCUGUGGCAAGCGGCGCUAUUCCAGCUCCGGAACCCCUUCCUCGGCCUCCCCAGCUCUGUCCCGCCGGGGCAGCCUGGGGGAAGAAGGGCCGGAGCCCCCUCCACCACCCCCAUUGCCUCUGGCCCGGGACCCUGGCUCCCCUGGCCCUUUUGACUAUGUGGGUGCCCCACCAACCGAGAGCAUCCCCCAAAAGACCCGGAGGACUUCUAGUGAGCAGGCAGUGGCCCUGCCUCGGUCUGAGGAACCUGCCCCGUGCAAUGGGAAGCUGCCAUCGGGAGCAGAGGAGGGUGCUGCUCCUUCCGGGGGUCUGCGGAAAGAGGUGGCGGGUAUGGACUACCUGGCGGUGCCAUCUCCUCUUGCUUGGUCCAAGGCCCGGAUUGGGGGACACAGUCCCAUUUUCAGGACCUCUGCCCUACCUCCCCUUGACUGGCCUUUGCCCAGCCAGUAUGAGCAGCUGGAGCUGAGGAUCGAGGUGCAGCCUAGAGCCCACCACCGAGCCCACUAUGAGACUGAGGGUAGCCGAGGAGCGGUCAAAGCUGCUCCUGGAGGUCACCCUGUGGUCAAGCUCCUAGGCUACAGUGAGAAGCCACUGACCCUACAGAUGUUCAUUGGCACUGCAGAUGAAAGGAACCUGCGUCCGCAUGCCUUCUAUCAGGUGCACCGUAUCACCGGCAAAAUGGUGGCCACGGCCAGCUAUGAAGCUGUAGUCAGUGGAACCAAAGUGUUGGAGAUGACCUUGCUUCCUGAGAACAACAUGGCUGCCAACAUUGACUGUGCUGGAAUCCUGAAGCUUCGAAACUCAGACAUUGAGCUGCGGAAGGGUGAGACGGACAUCGGGCGCAAAAACACGCGUGUGCGGCUGGUGUUCCGUGUACAUGUGCCUCAGGGCGGCGGGAAGGUCGUCUCUGUGCAGGCAGCUUCAGUGCCCAUCGAGUGCUCCCAGCGCUCAGCCCAGGAGCUGCCCCAGGUGGAGGCCUACAGCCCCAGCGCCUGCUCUGUGAGAGGAGGAGAGGAACUAGUGCUGACUGGCUCCAACUUCCUGCCAGACUCUAAAGUGGUGUUCAUUGAGAGGGGCCCUGAUGGAAAGCUACAAUGGGAGGAGGAGGCUGCGGUGAACCGGCUGCAGAGCAGUGAGGUGACACUGACUCUGACCAUCCCUGAGUACAGCAACAAGCGGGUGUCCCGGCCAGUCCAAGUCUACUUUUAUGUCUCCAAUGGACGAAGGAAGCGUAGUCCUGCCCAAAGUUUCAAGUUCCUGCCUGUGAUCUUCAAGGAGGAGCCCCUUCCAGACUCAUCUCUCCGGGGCUUCCCUUCCACAUCGGGUCCCCCCUUUGGCACUGACAUGGACUUCUCACCACCCAGGCCCCCUUACCCCUCCUACCCCCAUGAAGAUCCUGCCUAUGAAACGCCAUACCUGUCAGAAGGCUUUGGUUAUAGCACACCCCCUCUGUACCCCCAGACGGGACCCCCACCAUCCUACAGAUCAGGCCUACGGAUGUUCCCUGAGACUGGAGGUGCCCGCCCACCUGCAGUCUCCUUCCUUCCCCGCCCCUUCCCUGGCGAUCCUUAUGGAAGACGGGGCUCCUCUUUCCCCCUGGGGCUUCCAUUCUCCCCUCCAGCCCCCUUUCGGCCUCCACUGCCUUCCUCCCCACCACUUGAAGGCCCCUUCCCUCCCCAGAAUGCUGUUCACCCCCUACCUGCUGAGGGCUACAAUGAGGUGGGGCCAGGCUAUGCCCCUGGGGAGGGGGCUCCGGAGCAGGAGAAAUCCAGGGGUGGCUACAGCAGCGGCUUCAGAGACAGUGUCCCUAUCCAGGGUAUCACGUUGGAGGAAGUGAGUGAGAUCAUUGGCCGAGACCUGAGUGGCUUCCCUGCACCUCCUGGAGAAGAGCCUCCUGCUUGAAGCACGUGUGGCAGCCGUGGUGGCCCUGCAUCCUUUGUCCUCCUAACUGGGGUGCUGACUCCAGAAGCAUGGGGGCCAACUCUGGUUUCUCUUUGGCCAGCUUCUGUCUCUCUGUCUCUUUUCUGUCCCCCACCUAAGGUGUGGCCCCAGGCCUGGUGCUGCUUUGAAAGGGAGACAAGAGUGUGGAGAUGGGGGUGGAGACCGAUGCUGGGUGCCAGAACUGACUGGGACGAAGAUGAUGUCCAGACUGUGCAGGCUGUGAUGUUGGGAGGCUGGGGACAGGUGGAUGGGCAAUAAACUGCUCACUGAACAGUG